UGGACUCUGGGAAGGCCGGGAAGUUGAGGACAGGAGAGAGAAGGCUGCAGACCCAGAGGGAGGGAGGACAAGGAGUCGGAAGGAGGAGGACAGAGGAGGGCACACAGACGCAGAGCAAGGGCGGCAAGGAGACCCUGGUGGGAGGAAGACACUCUGGAGAGAGAGGGGGCUGGGCAGAGAUGAAGUUCCAGGGGUCCCUGACCUGCCUCCUGCUGGCCCUCUGCCUGGGCGGUGGGGAGGCUGGCCCCCUGCAGAGCAGAGGGGAAAGCACUGGGACAAAUAUUGGGGAGGCCCUUGGCCAAGGGACCAGAGAAGCAGUCGGCACUGGGGUCAGGCAGGUUCCAGGCCUUGGUGCAGCAGAUGCUUUGGGCAACAGGGUCGGGGAAGCAGCCCAUGCUCUGGGAAACAGUGGGCAUGAGAUUGGUAGACAGGUGGAGGAUGUCAUUCGACAUGGAGCAGAUGCUGUCCACGGCUCCUGGCAGGGGGCACCCGGUCACAACGGUGCUUGGGAAACUUCUGGAGGCCAUGGCACCUUUGGCUCUCAAGGUGGUCUUGGAGGCCAGGGCCAGGGCAGUCCUGGAGGUCUGGGGACUCCGUGGAGCCAGGGAUACCCUGGAAACUCAGCAGGCAGCUUUGGAACCAACCCUCAGGGAGCCCCCUGGGGUCAAGGAGGCAAUGGAGGGCCACCAAACUUUGGGACCAACACUCAGGGAGCUGUGGCCCAGCCUGGCUAUGGUUCAGUGAGAAGCGGCAACCAGAAUGAAGGGUGCACCAACCCCCCACCAUCUGGCUCAGGCGGAGGCUCAAGCAACUCUGGGGGAGGCAGCGGCUCACAGUCGGGCAGCAGUGGCAGUGGCAGUAACAGUGAUGACAACAACAGCGGCAGCAGCAGUGGCAACAGCAGUGGCAAUGGUGGUGGCAGCAGUGGCAGCAGUGGCAACAGCGGCAGCAGCAACAGCAACAAUGGUGGCAGCAGCAGCAACAAUGGUGGCAGUAGAGGUGACAGCGGCAGUGAGUCCUCCUGGGGCAGUUCUGGGAAUGGUGACCAAGGCAGCUCCGGCAGCUCCCAGGCAUCCAGUACCGGCUCCUCCUCCGGCAACCACGGUGGGAGCAGCGGAGGAAACGGACAUAAACCCGGGUGUGAAAACCCAGCGAAUGAAGCCCGCGGGACCGGGGGAUCUGGGAUUCAGGACUUCAGAGGACAGGGAGUUCCCAGCAACACGAGGGAAGUAAGCAAAGAGGGCAAUCACCUCCUUGGAGGCUCUGGAGACAAUCAUCAGGGGCAAGGGUCCAGCUGGGGCAGCAGAGGAGGUGACGCUGUUGGUGGAGUCAAUACUGUGAACUCUGAGACAUCUCCUGGGAUGUUUAACUUUGACACUUUCUGGAAGAAUUUUAAAUCCAAGCUGGGUUUCAUUAACUGGGAUGCCAUAAGCAAGAACCAAGUCCCACCCCCCAGCACCCGAGCCCUUCUCUACUUCAGCCGACUCUGGGAGGAUUUCAAACACAACACUCCUUUCCUCAACUGGAAAGCAAUUAUUGAGGGUGCAGACGCGUCAUCACUGAAGAAACGUGCAGGCGGCGCCGAUCAGAACUACAAUUAUAACCAGCAUGCGUAUCCCACUGCCUAUGGUGGGCAGUACUCAGUCAAGACCCCUGCAAAGGGGGGAGUCUCGCCUUCUUCUUCGGCUUCCCGGGUGCAACCUGGCCUGCUGCAGUGGGUGAAGUUUUGGUAGGCAAUUUCUUCCAACCACCACUGAGGCCCCGAAAAGCACUGGUAGUCAGGGAGCUCCUCUCCUUGGCCCCCAGCCUGUACCAGCCCUGGCCCGGCUGCUGCACCUCUGUUUCCUAGGCUGGGGACCCAGCUUGCGUCUCCUUGUUUCCUCCUACUGCACUGUGGUGCUUCAGUGACCACCAGCCUCGUCGGAUACACCAGCAUCUUUCUCUACCUGCUCCCUUUUGUGAUCUGAAGUCACUGUGACAGUUCUCCAGGAAAGAGGAGCUUCCUACUUUUGAGUCUCUCUGUGGAAAUAAAACAUGAAUCUUGUUUCCCUA